GUGUUAAUGCAGAUUCCGCCAUUACCGACAUGUCCAUUUUCUUCAAUUAGAUAGGUUAUGUUACAUUUUACGCGAUCAGCGUCGGAACUCUAGGAGCAGGUUGGCCAAGUUGGAAGCUUUCGGCGUCUACGGAAAUGAAUUGACCUUCCGAUCGGCAUCGAAAUCCACUUGUGAGGGGGAUCAGGACGCGGUAAUUCCUGGUUGACGAAUAUCGCGAUUCCGCGAUGGAGGAGGACGGCGCCUCCGAUCCGGUCGUCAAGGAGAUUCCCGUAUUCUUGUCGAAAACCCUCGCCGAGAAGCUUUUCAUCUUCCAAUACCCUCUACGGUCGUCGCGUGGCGGAUUCGACAACUUCAACAUCUCCAAGUCCUCCAUAAAGCCGGAAAACCAGGAAGUACGACUCGAGGUUUCCCUCGACACCGACAAUGUCAAUUACGAUCACAGCAAGGGGGAACAGAUCGCCCUCAAUGUCGACGGUGCUCUGAAACACGAUCAGGAAGGCGAAAGAGCAUUCGACAGUCACAUUAUGGACAAAACAGUUCUUCAUUCCAUGCGCGCUCUUCCCGACUGUUCAAACUAUGCUGUUGGGGUAUUCCAGGACGGAGAGCUGCACCUAACGCCACUGAAAGGCGUGGUUCAAAUGCGUCCGCAAUUCCAUUACCUGGACAAGAGCGACAAGAGAGUGAAGGACGAGGCUAAAGUGGCUGGAGAAGAGGCUGAAGACGAAGAGGAGACUGUCAAGCAGGUGAACGUAACAUUUGCUAGACAGGAGCCAGAGUUUUUGAAAAAAAUGCGGGAACAGUCGUUUCAACAUCAUACUAAAAAGAGCUUAGAGGAGCGGUGGAUUCACACAGAAUAUGUUACACCCACUUCUGGAAAGGCAGAGUUGACUAGGAUGGAAAUGAUUUCUGCUUCGACCGAGGACUCUGUCAAUACUCUGAAUCUAAGUAGUGAAAAGUACCUCUCACUCUUGGCUCCGCCGCCGAAAGAGGAUGAAAUCGUAAAGGCUGCUGUUCCCAACCCGACCAUGUCUCUGAAAUAUAUUCGCACACUGCCGCUUCUCGAUCAGAUACGAAUAUUCGUGAAGGAUGCAAAAGUCAUGGCAUUCUCCCAGCUGCGAAUUCUUCUCUCCAGCGGGCACGAUCCCGCCGCCGUGCUGAAGUACCUUCAACAAGUAGCAGUGCUGGUUCAAGGAAAUUGGAUCGUAAACAGCGAGCUGGUUUAUCCAAAGGACACAAUUUCCUCGCACAACGGGAUCCCCUCCGACUUGAUGUGUCGAGCCCGGGAUUACGUCCUUUUGGCGUUCACCGAAUCUCAGCAUAUCGAUCGCAAGACUAUAUCUUCGGUUGUAAAAUUACCAUCCGAAGAGGUGACUGAAAUAUUUACAAAUCUUGCCCGUCAUCAGACUAAGAAAGGAUGGACUCUAAUCCUGCCUCGAAAUCAAGAUUUUUUGGACAGACAUCCGGAAAUUGCUCAGAGACAGGAAAUGUUGUGGGAGGCAAAGCGAAAGCACCUAAGAGAGGCAAUGGAGCCUCACAAUCAGCCGCCUCAGCGACAAAGGCGAAAGUCGAACAGGGAAUCGAUCGGCUCUGAAAACGAGGAAAGAAACGUAGGCCGAGGUAGAAAAACCCUGAGGGAUUCUUCGGUAUCCGAUAACGACAGCUCCGCCGAAAAUGCCAAGCAGAAAAAAAUUAACAGGUCCAGAAAAUCGUCCGAGACAACGUGACCUAGGCUGACAUGAAUCGUAUCGUCGAAGAUCAGUAUCGAUCGAAGCGAGUGUUGAUAUUACUGCCACCGCCGGAAGUCCUGUCAAUAAUUAUUGUAUGUAAAACUAUUUAUUUUUAAUCGGGGAGUAUUGUUUGAUAUCAUUUGUAUAAAGAAGAAAAAAAGAGACGAAUUUUCCACACUCCGUCAUCAUUUUUACUGAUGCUACUCACACAAUUGUUAUUAUUAUUGUUAUUGUUAUCAUCGUUUUGAAAUGCGUCGGUGUCAAUAUCUACUGUAGCGUAACAUUCGAGAGCUACGUAGUUAAGUUUUUAAGAUUACGCAUGCACAGUUUAGUUUUUAUAGAAGGAAUUUUA